GUCUGGCUGGUGGGUGGCAGAGUUCAGCUCCCUGGAGGAGAAGAAGGGACGUCCCAGAGAAGGGUCUUUGAUGCAGGGGUGGGCGGCGACCUCAGGAGAAAGCUGCCAGGGGCUGUUUCAAGGGAGCAAAGGUUUUGGGGGCACAGCUGGGGUCUCCAAUAGAUAGACCCCUGUGCAGCCCGAGGGAGGUACUUCUUGGCGCAAGGCCUUUGGUAGGCAGGGGCGAAGUCCUCGGAGAAGUGGAGGGGGGAGACCAGAGGAAGUGGCUGGGCCUGAACUGGCACCGUGCCUGACACAAGGGCUUGUGCACCCCCUAAGUCCCCAGUUUCCCCUCCGAGCCAGUCCUUAGGGGCAGGGACCUUUCUCUUCCAACUCUUCUGUUCUCUGGCCCCUGGUUCCCUGUGGCCCUGAGGAUCGAAGAAGAAUCAAUGUCUUCUUCAGGAGUGGAACCCAAACACUGGUGAUAGAGAUCAUCUUGGUUUCUGGGAGUUAGAUUUAUUUCCCUUGUGUCUACAAAGGGGUGGCACUGCACUCCUGUUAUUAUAUCCUUGCACCUUUGGAUGGUUGGCUGGGGGUCCACCUGCCUUUCUGACUGACUGCUGACAGUCAAAGAAUUCCUCCACAGUUCUCUGGUGUCUGCACCCUUAACUGGCCCGUGUAACCCAGACAAUUUGUUUACAGAAAGUUCAGGAGCCCUGGAAAGGAGAAAGAAUAAAACAACAGGAGGAAGAGAGAGAGAGGGUAGAAUGGAAGAAUCUCACUUCAAUUCUAACCCAUACUUCUGGCCUUCUAUCCCCACAGUCUCAGGACAGAUUGAGAACACGAUGUUCAUCAACAAGAUGAAGGAUCAGCUGUUGCCAGAGAAGGGCUGUGGGCUGGCUCCACCCCACUACCCCACCUUGUUGACAGUGCCUGCCUCAGUGUCCUUGCCCUCAGGCAUCAGUAUGGACACAGAGUCCAAGUCAGACCAGCUGACCCCACAUAGCCAGGCAUCCGUUACCCAGAAUAUCACGGUGGUCCCUGUGCCGUCUACAGGAUUAAUGACUGCUGGAGUCUCCUGUUCUCAGAGGUGGAGAAGAGAAGGGAGUCAAUCAAGGGGUCCUGGUUUGGUAAUCACGUCCCCCUCAGGCUCCCUUGUGACCACAGCCUCAUCAGCUCAGACCUUCCCCAUUUCGGCUCCCAUGAUUGUCUCAGCUCUUCCCCCUGGCUCACAAGCCCUGCAGGUGGUCCCUGACCUCUCCAAGAAGGUAUCAUCAACCCUAACAGAGGAAGGAGGCGGAGGUGGUGGUGGAGGUGGCAGUGUGGCUCCAAAGCCCCACCGGGGCCGAAAGAAGAAGCGGAUGUUGGAAUCAGGGUUGCCCGAGAUGAACGACCCUUAUGUCCUCUCCCCUGAGGAUGAUGAUGACCAUCAGAAAGACGGCAAGACCUAUAGGAGCGAAGGGAACUGCGGCACAGGAAAUGGACAGAGCCUUGGGCUAAUGGAUUCAGUUCCCGGCUCCACCACGAACUUGCUGUGUGACCCUGGGUGCCGGAUGUGCUCACUGACAUUCUACUCAAAGUCGGAGAUGCAGAUCCACUCCAAGUCACACACCGAGACCAAGCCCCACAAGUGCCCACAUUGUUCCAAGACCUUCGCCAACAGCUCCUACCUGGCCCAGCACAUCCGUAUCCACUCAGGGGCUAAGCCCUACAGUUGUAACUUCUGUGAGAAAUCCUUCCGACAGCUCUCUCACCUCCAGCAGCACACCCGGAUCCACUCUAAGAUGCACACGGAGACCAUCAAGCCCCACAAGUGCCCGCACUGCUCCAAGAGCUUCGCCAACACCUCCUACCUGGCUCAGCACCUCCGUAUCCACUCGGGGGCCAAGCCCUACAACUGUUCCUACUGCCAGAAGGCCUUCCGCCAGCUCUCCCACCUCCAGCAGCACACACGAAUCCACACCGGGGAUAGACCAUACAAAUGUGUCCACCCAGGCUGUGAGAAAGCCUUCACACAGCUCUCCAAUCUGCAGUCCCACAGACGGCAGCACAACAAAGAUAAACCCUUCAAGUGCCACAACUGUCAUCGGGCGUACACAGACGCAGCCUCACUAGAGGUGCACCUAUCUACGCAUACAGUGAAGCAUGCCAAGGUGUACACCUGUACUAUCUGUAGUCGGGCAUAUACGUCGGAAACGUACCUUAUGAAACAUAUGCGCAAACACAACCCUCCUGAUCUCCAGCAACAAGUGCAGGCAGCGGCAGCAGCGGCAGCAGCGGCCCAGGCUCAAGCUCAGGCUCAAGCCCAAGCCCAAGCCCAAGCCCAAGCCCAAGCCCAGGCUCAAGCCCAAGCCCAAGCCCAGGCUUCCCAGGCAUCGCAACAGCAGCAGCAGCAGCAACCACAGCCACCACACUUCCAGUCCCCGGGGGCAGCCCCCCAGGGUGGGGGUGGUGGGGACAGCAACCCCAACCCUCCACCCCAGUGUUCUUUUGACCUGACCCCCUAUAAGACGGCGGAGCAUCAUAAGGACAUCUGCCUCACUGUCACCACCAGCACCAUCCAGGUGGAGCACCUGGCCAGCUCAUAGAGACCUAUGCUGCCACCCCACUGGGAAAAGGAAGAAGUUCUGGUCUCUUCUUUCUCUAACUCCUCUUGGUGGGAAACGUCUUCUUCCUUGACAGGCCUUGGCUCCAUCUCCUUGGGCCUCAGGCACAGCCUUCCUUCACAGGAUACCAUCCUUAUUUUCAAUUCCUCUUCAAAAGGAUUAUCAGCCCUCCUGAUUGGCAAAGGAAUACUGAGCUGGUAGUGUAAUCCAGCAGCCUCCCUCCUAAGCAUAGCUUUUAAAAAUUGGGAGUUGGUGCUCAAGGGGGGGAUUUGCUAUGACCUCAUAGAAACGUUUCCAUUGUGGGCACUUACUCUCUCCUUACCCUCAUAAUCUUCAAAGUUUAAGCUGAUAGAAGACUAGAGGCUGGCCCUCCCAGAUACCAGAGAGAAGAAAGCCCUAAAUGCAACCAGCCUCCUGUUCCAAUCUUGCCUGUGUAAGAACAGAGGUUUCUCAUGUGCCCUGACCCUGGGAGCCAUUUCCCCUCAUGGUCUUACUUCAGUUCCUACCUGAUGCUGGAGGAAGGAGAUCUGGGAGGGGGUCAGACUCCCUUUACUUGUAAAGGGCAUGAGCCCAGAUGUGGUCCCCACGGGGCCGGUGAUCCCCAGAUGGUCGAGGGUGGCUUAGAAACGUGGGAUAUGGUCUUCCUUGGAGCCUCUCCCCUUCUCUGCCAACCAAUGCCCUAUACUCAGCUUCCCCAUCCCCAAACUUAAGGAGCUGUGGGAGCUUUAUGAAAUCCCAAACAAAGGAGUGUUGCACAGAAG